GACGACAAUGAUAUUUAAGAGCGUUGCGGUUCCCUAGGUAGUUUUGGUUUCUGGACAUCAUCCAUCAAUCUCCAGUCAACUUAACUCAUUGAACAAACACCACUACAACAAACCCAUACACAUUCUCCCCCUCCAAAAAACCCACUUACAGCCACCAUGUCUCUCCAAACCGAACUCGAGAACGUCGACAAGCAAUUCUCCCACGCCCCCGCCGAGAUCCGAGACCCCAUCAUCUCAACCCGUCUCGACUUCGCCAAGUCCUUCGACCCCACCAACGCCAUCAAAGUCGGCCAAAAAAUCCCCUCCUUCACCCUCCCCGACUCCCUCAACAAAACCGUCUCCAGCACCGACCUCCUCGCCGCCGGGCCUCUGCUCAUAACAUUCUACCGCGGCGGCUGGUGUCCCUUCUGCAACAUCGCCCUGCACGCCCUGCAAGCCAAGCUGCCCGAGAUCAAAGCCAAAGGCGUGACCCUCGUCGCCAUCACCCCCGAGCUCCCCGACAGCUCGCUCACGACCGCCGAGAAGCAGGGGCUCACGUACCCCGUGCUCUCCGACGUGGGGAAUAAGUACGCGCACCAGCUCGGGAUUGUCUGGGCCCAGCCCAGCGAGCUGCGCGAGGUGUUUGCGAAGAUUGGCAAUGAUUUGAAGAAGAGGAAUGGCGAUGAUUCUCUGGAAGUGCCGAUCCCGGCGACCCUGCUCGUGGAUCGGGAGGGUACGGUGAGGAAUUUGUUUUUGGAGGCUAAUUAUUCGAAGAGGGUUGAGCCGGAUGAGGUUUUGGGGUGGAUUAAUGCGCUAUAGAGGUUGGUGGUUGGUGGAGGGGCUGAGGUGGAGGAUGAAUAAAGGUAUUACAUUUGUUGGUGGAGAUAUGAUUAUGUUCCAACUUACGUACUCACGUUCCUAGAUAGUAGGUAGCGUCUUUGAGGGAUGUUCAAUUCCAUACAGAAUACAUACGUGUUGAAUCUCAA